UGGUGCUUUUGUCUCGUCUCUCUUUCUGCCAGUAUAAUCAAUGGUUUUGCUUUGCCGCUGAAAGCAGAACAUAAGCAGUUUCUGGUUAAAGUGUUGAUCCCCCUUCAUACUGUCAGGAGCCUGUCCCUCUUCCAUGCACAGUUGGCUUAUUGCAUUGUACAAUUCUUAGAGAAAGACCCGACAUUAACAGAACCAGUCAUCAGAGGCUUACUGAAGUUCUGGCCAAAAACGUGCAGUCAAAAAGAGGUGAUGUUUCUGGGAGAGCUGGAGGAAAUUCUGGAUGUGAUAGAGCCCACACAGUUUGUAAAGAUCCAAGAGCCGCUAUUCAAACAGAUCUCCAGAUGCGUUUCCAGCCCACAUUUCCAGGUCGCAGAGCGAGCUUUGUACUAUUGGAACAACGAAUACAUCAUGAGUCUGAUUGAGGAGAACUCCAGCGUCAUCCUGCCCAUCAUGUUUGCCAGCCUGUACAGGAUCUCGAAAGAGCAUUGGAACCCGUGAGUCGCCUUGCACACCUAACA